AUGCGCGGCGUGAUGCCGGACAUCACCAAUACCCGGCCACAGACAGGGGUCGGAAACAAUCCCAACAUCUACCCGAUUGUGGUAUGCUGUGCGCACCGCGACGACGCGGAGGCCAUCAACGGCCUCAAUCGCACUGUCUUUCACGUCACCCCCGCCAAUGACGUCCAUCUCGCCGCGUGGCGUGUGCAGGAGGCGAACAUCCCCCUCCGCGGCUCGCCCGUUUACGGUGUCCGUAUCGCCCUCGAUGGCCGUCACACAGGCCUUUUUAUCGGGAUCCCUUGGACCCAUGUCGGUUUUCAGAUCGGAGACGGCGAGCCUAACGUCCAACAGAAAGGCUGGUGCAAGCGGUUCGACCUGAAGGGUCUCCCCUUCGCAAGCGCCAUGGCCUACAUGAUGGUGAAGAAAGGCCAUAACUUUCCCAUCGACUUCGACGUCGAGAACCCCAUCCCAGCCCGCUCCGCGCCCGACCCGCGCCCUCCAUUCCCCGCACCCCUGCGCGCGCCUCGCACCCUCGCACCGUCGUUACCCCCGCCGCGAAGCUUUGUCCACUGGUCGGCUCCCACCCCAUCGCGCGGGAGUCAGCGCGAGCAGGCGCCACCUCUGUCAGGCGACGCGCUCGCACACGCCUUCCAGCAGGGCGCGAGUAUUCGGGACCACGCGGUGCUGCCCGCACGCCACCACGGAGACGUUGAGAGCUGCGGCGCGCUCGCCGCAGCUAUCCGUCUGCUCUUUAUCUCCCCCGAGGAGGUUAUUCUCUUGGAGCUUGACCCGGACGGAGUUGCGUACGACGGCCACAAGCACCUCGGCUGGGAUGGGGUGCAGCUAGAGCGUCUAUACGACGCUAUCUUGUAUCCGCUCGAUAAUGAUGAGUAA